ACAACAAUGAUGUAUUUUGUUGGCACGUAAAAGCGUUUUUAAAAACAUGUAAAUAAAAUAUUUAGGUAAAAGCAACAUAAUAUUAUGUUAUAUAAAUCGGUUAACAGAAUUAAAAAUCAAACGAAGUUCCACAUACCAUUAAUUGUGCCGUCUGAUACACACAAAAAUGAUUGCAUCGGCAAUACACUUGGACGACAUGUUACCGAUUGCGUCGAGUAAAACGAGCUACAAGAGAGUGGACAUGGAAUCUAUAUUACCGUAUAUAAUAUUGCCGCUGAUGCUGCUGACUGCGACCGUGUCCCGGUCCCUGACCGUAGCCGUGAUGAUAUUCAUCGGCAUGGGUGCGCUGUACGUGCAGUCGCGUCCUACCCAGAAAAACAGGUCGCCAUUUUUCUUCUCGUGGACAAUAUCAUCUGGAGUGUACAUGUUCUUGGUGUUUGAGCUGGGCGUCCUCAGCCUGCUCGAGGUGACGCAGCUCGAGAACUUAAUAUUCCUCAUACUGCUGGCGAGUAUGUGCUACUUUUUCUACAAGAUGAAGGCUGUUGCUGAUUUCGAACUCGCCACUGGGACCUCCAAAGGAAAAGAAUACAGUCCAGUGCUAACAUCAGAUUCCUACUACUGCCAAGUUUGUCAAAUUGAAGUCAACGAGAGAUUCUUUCACUCUAUCUGGUGGGACUGCUGCAUUCUGCGGCCCAACUACAUGUACUACCUGGGUGGCCAGCUGCUGGCCUUCUUCACACUUCUGCACGGCACCAACUUGGGGCUCACCACAGUCUGCCAGCCGUAUAUAUUGUAUGGAACACUGCUGAUGCCCGAUGAUUGCAAUGAUGUUUAUUUUGAAUUUGAUCUGGCGAUUUGCUUUGUGUCCUGCAUAUAUGGAUUGGGCUACGCAUUGGUGAUUGCCCUACUUCUUAUUCAGCAGUUGCUAGUUUAUGUUCCUAAGUACAGUGAACCACAAUGGAGAAGACUGAUAAACAUUCUAAAUAUAUGAAGUCAAUAGGAGCAGAUACAGAAAAGGUCCAGCGGAUAAAUAGUCCAAUUAAGUUUUAAGUAUUUAUUACUAGAUUUUAGGUGUAACUUAAUCUCUACUCAUCUGGUGGAGUGUAGUCCGGCACCACGAGCAAAACUUUCUGUCGCCAUUUCGAUUUUCUCGCUUCUUGCUCUCUUCUCAAGGCGUUCAGAGCGGGAAGUGCCCUCCAACUUGUGAAAGUUUUGAACAGGAGGUUACUGAAAUAAACAUAAUAGUAUGACAUAA